AUGGAGAAGUUCGUCUCUUUGGCAGAACCCUUGGAAGUCCUCCUCCUUCACACAGUCCUCCACUGGUUCGCUAUGAUGCUUGAGAGGCUCUCGCUAGGAUUCAUGUCCUUCCUCCACUCGUAUUUCCAGUUCUGUACAUGCUUGUCGAUGGCUAAAGAUGAGCAACUGAUGAAUAGGAGUAGCAGCCAGCCUAGAGAAGACCAGUGCCUAAGUAGAAAGGAAGUGGAGAUGGUCAUGGACAGGAUGGGGAUAUGUUGCCCCUUUGAAGGUGAGCAGCUCUGCGAGCACAUGAGUUCUGAUGAGAUCUCUGGCUUGUUUGAAGAGAACGAGCCAAGUUUGGAAGAAGUAAAGGCAGCCUUUUGCUUCUUCGACGCAAACAACGAUGGAUUCAUCGACGCAGUGGAGCUGCAGACAGCACUCCUCAAGCUGGGCAUCACAGAAGGGUUGGAAUUGGACGCGUGCAGAACGAUGAUAGCAAUCUACGAUGGGAACUAUGACGGAAAGAUUGGUUUCAAUGAGUUCGUCAAGCUUCUGGAGACCAGCCUUUGCUGA